CUAACUCACUCUUGAACGCAUUCAAUAUUCAAUUCUUUUCCUCUUUCUCUUUUCUCUAGUCUCUACAAUAUACAUUAUGGGUUCCUCGCCCAAUUCCAAGCCUAAGAUCGUGAGAGGCAGCGCUGGUUACGUGUUGGAGGAUGUUCCGCACAUGGCUGAUUACAUUCCCGACCUUCCAAUAUAUUCUAAUCCAUUGCAGACCAAUCCUGCUUACUCAGUUGUCAAGUAAGUUUCGUUUACUCGCUCUUUCUUAUUCUUCUUACUUUUUCCUCAUUAUUUAUAUUUAUUUGCCACUUCUCAGGCAAUAUUUCGUGCACGUCGAUGACAGUGUUCCGCAGAAGAUAAUUUCUAACAAAGAUAGUCCGAGAGGGGUGCAUUUUCGGCGUGCUGGACCUCGUCAAAGGGUAUAUUUCGAAGCGGAUGAUGUUCAGGCUGCAAUUGUGACAUGCGGUGGUCUAUGCCCUGGGCUCAACACCGUGAUUAGGGAACUAGUAUGUGCACUAUAUCACAUGUAUGGCGUGAAGAAAAUUUUGGGAAUCAAUGGAGGCUACAAGGGUUUCUAUGCUCACAAUACAAUCUCACUAACUCCUAAAAACGUGAAUGAUAUACAUAAGCGUGGGGGAACUGUCCUUGGUUCAUCACGAGGUGGACACGACACCACUAAGAUAGUUGACAGUAUUCAAGAUCGGGGAAUUAAUCAGGUUUAUAUAAUUGGAGGAGAUGGAACUCAGAGGGGUGCAGAUAGGAUUUUUGAGGAAAUUAGAAGACGCCGCCUCAAAGUUGCAGUUGUAGGAAUCCCCAAAACCAUAGAUAAUGACAUCCCGGUUAUUGAUAAGUCCUUCGGCUUUGACACAGCUGUUGAGGAGGCUCAACGUGCUAUAAAUGCAGCACAUGUUGAGGCUGAAAGUGGUGAAAAUGGCAUAGGUGUUGUUAAGUUGAUGGGCCGGUACAGUGGGUUCAUUGCAAUGUAUGCUACUCUGGCCAGCAGGGAUGUGGACUGUUGCUUAAUUCCAGAGUCACCGUUUUACCUUGAAGGUCCAGGUGGACUUUUUGAGUUUGCAGAGAAAAGACUGAAAGAAAACGGCCACAUGGUUAUUGUGAUUGCUGAAGGGGCAGGACAGGAACUUGUUUCUGAGAGCAUCCAAUCCAUGCACAAGCAGGAUGCUUCCGGAAACAAACUUCUUCAAGAUGUUGGGCUAUGGAUAUCUCAAAAGAUAAAGGAACAUUUUGCCAAACAGAAGACAAUGACCAUAAAUCUCAAAUAUAUAGAUCCAACAUAUAUGAUCCGAGCUGUUCCAAGCAAUGCUUCUGAUAACGUGUACUGCACACUUCUUGCUCAAAGUGCUGUUCAUGGAGCAAUGGCAGGUUACACUGGUUUUACAAGUGGGCUUGUCAAUGGAAGACACGCGUACAUACCCUUCUAUAGAAUCAUUGAGGGCCAGAACAAAGUAGUGAUAACUGAUAGAAUGUGGGCUAGGCUUUUAUCUUCAACAAAUCAGCCCAGCUUUAUGAUUAGUAAGGUUCUCAUUGAAGAAAAGAGGGAAGAAGAAGAAGAAAAUAACGAGGGCCAGCAGUAAAGCAUUGCUCAAAUAACUAUUUGGCUUAGAAGGAAGUCAGCAACAUUUUUCACCAUUCUAUGUACAUGCUAUUGUAUUCAUUUUAUCUCAUAUCUUGAUUUGUAUAUAAGUAGUACAUUUAACUUAUUUUUUUUCACUGGCGAGCACCUGGAUCAAUUAGUAAGGAAUUGUUCCAGUUUAACCAGUAAUCUCUCUUGAUUAUCUUACCCGGCUUGAAUAGGUCCAGUGGAAGAUAACUUUUGUCUAGACAAAAAAGAACUUAUCUUUUUUGCCCUUCCACGUCAAUAAGAUGACUGUGGAAAGCUGAGUCUUACAUGAGGAAGAUAUUCUCCCAUUCUUUUAUAUGUUUUGUCCCAUUCAAAAGAAUUCAAAUUUGUCAAUAAAUAAAAUUUAGUUUCAAUUUCA